AUGACGGCGAUGUCCGAUCUUCCUCUGGAUUUGGUAGAAGAGAUACUCUCUAGGGUUCCAAUAACAUCUUUGAGAGCAGUGAGAUCUACAUGCAAACAAUGGAAUGAUUCAUCGAAAUAUCCGAACUUAACAAAGAAGUAUUAUGGUAAAGAAGCCAAGGAGGCUAUGGCGGUCUUGAUAUGUCAUUCAAAGGCUUGUUUAAUGAGCGUCAAUCUCCAUAACCACACAGACUUGGUAGAUUCAUCUAUAAAGCAAAUAGGUAAACUCAAUCAAGUUAAAAUAUCUAAAGUGUAUCAUUGUGAUGGCUUAUUGUUAUGCGUCACUGGGAAAGACUUGAGGCUCAUGGUUUGGAACCCAUAUUUGGGUCAAAUUAGGUGGAUCCAACGUCCUAGAAAUGAGUUCGGAUUAAUAUUACAAGAGUUAGCUAUAGGAUACGACAGCAACAACAGCCACAAAAUCUUGAAGUUGCACUCAUGGCCUCAUGAAAAGUAUGAAAUCUACGAUUUUAAGUCUAGUGCAUGGAGGUUUCUUGGUGUUACUACCGACCGUUAUAAAUGUCGCCCGGGUGUUAGCUUGAAAGGAAAUACUUACUUAAUUGCCAGGAGAAGAAGUUUGAAAGAGACGACUGAAGAAUGUUUAGUCUGUUUUGAUUUCACAAGUGAGACAUUUGGACCACGUCUCCCUCUUCCAUUUCACUCUGUUCCUAUAGAUGAUGUACAGCUAUCUGUUGUUAGAGAAGAAAAGCUUGCAGUGUUUUUUCAUAAGUGGAAUACAUAUGAGUUUGGAAUAUGGAUUACAACUAAGAUUGAGUACGAUAUAGUGUCGUGGAGGAACUUUUUAAAAAUUGAUAUGAUCACGCCGUUGAAUGACAUGUAUCGGUUUAUAUAUGGGAGUUUCUUCGUCGACGAGAAGAAGAAAGUAGCAAUGGUUUGUUAUUUAGACAAAGUUUACAUGGUUGGUGAGAAGGGAUACUACAAAGAAGUGGAUCUUAGAGAAAACAAAAGUUGGAUUAUGUGCUCUUAUGUUCCAAGUUCGGUGCAAAUCUCCAGUACGGUUCCCAGUACUUGCAAGAGGCAAAAGACGACAAAAAGAAAGAGAUGA